ACAUCCACAGAGCUGCAGACAUCAACACAAUCAGGAAGGAUUCCACUCUGACUGCUGCUCUCUGUCUUCUUCCUUUGUGUUAUUUGGUUCUACUCCUGACAUUUGGACACCAUGACUCAUCGGCUCACACUUCCUCAAGAGAACCAUGAUCUGAUCAAGGCAGUGGAAAAUUCAUUUGGGCACUUGGGGAAGCCACUGUCCCAGCCAGAUCGGGUUCUGAUCGGACACGGCAGACUGACUAAACUGAGUCGUCGAGGGCCCAAAACAAAGUCCUUCUUCCUCUUCAAUGAUGUGUUGGUGUACGGCGGCAUCGUUCUUAAUGGCCGCUGGCACAAAAAACAGAAGAUUAUCCCACUAGAGGACGUCCAGCUGGAGGACUUGGAGGACAGUUUCAACAUGAAGAACCAGUGGCUCAUUCGCACACCAAGGAAAUCUUUCUUCAUGGGAGCGCCUACAUGCCAGGAUAAGCAGGAGUGGAUGCAACAUAUUGAAAGUUGCCGGUCCAAAUUGCUGCAGACCAGCGUCCGUCAACCUGGAUCUGUCUUUGCUGUUACUUGGGUCCCAGACCAGGCUUCUGCCAUCUGCAUGCGCUGCUGCAGCACGUUCACUGUGACCCAUCGUCGGCACCACUGCAGAAAAUGUGGCUUUGUGGUGUGUAAUUCCUGCUCCAAGCACAGAGUGUUGUUGAGACACAUUGACCCCAAGAAGCGUCAGAGGAUCUGCAGGAUCUGCCACUCCAUGCUCUCUAUCGAUGCUCCAGAGUUAGCUCAUGUGAGAGGAGACAGCAUGGAGUCGAGCUGCUCAGGAGAGAACGAAGUUGUCAUAGCCAGUGAUGAAGACCAAGUAGAGGAGUCCAUGGAGGACCAGGGUCCCACCAGGUGGCUGCACUGAUGGACUCCAGAACUUCUGGAUGAAACCAGAUUGUGAUGAUCACAUCUAAAGUGUUACAAUCAUCUUAUAAACUCUUCAUUGUCUUCAAACACACAGACUUUUUCUCUGAUUUAGUUCAACCACAAAUGUUGAGACAAAUGUUAUGGAGAAACAUUUUAAGGCAGCAUUCUGCAGAUUAUAAAUG